AUGACAGUCUUAAACGAUACAAAAAUCUUGGCAGAGAAUAACGAUGCUCCUAAUAUGCAAGCACUUGAAAAAGCAAUGUCGACAGCUUUUAAUAAGUUUGCAGAAUGUAAACAAUUAAAAAUUGAUAAUAGUAAUUUUAUUUCUGAAAAGAUCAAAGAAAUUGAAGAAGAAAGCAAUAGUUUUAAAGAACACGCGAAUAACUCAAUCAAACAAAGUGAUAAAUUAUCAAAAUAUGCCGAAGAAGUUGUCGUCUUUGCAGUUGCUUGUGCUGAUCCAAGUUUUACUAAAGGAGAACUUUUAGAUUUUUUGAAAUCAACUUUGGAAGAUGCCAAAAACAAUAAAACCGAAGCAGAAAACUUAAAAGCAAAAAUCAGUGGAAUCGCAGCAAAUCUAACCAAUAUACAUAAUGAUUGUUCUCGUUAUGCCAGUGAAAUUAAAACAGAUGCUAGAAAAAUUGAUUCAACCACUGUUAACAAAUUAGAAAAGGUAGAAUCUAAACAAAGAAUUCUUGAUAAAACUUGCAAAAUUGGAACUGGAGUUGCUAUUCUAGGUGGAGCAGUUUCUAUAAUUGCGGCACCGUUUACUGGAGGUACUUCUUUAGUUCUUGAAGCUAUCGCCCUUUUAGAAGGAGGAUUAAUCGUGGCUGGAUCCACAGGCGCAAUUGCUCUAGGAUCGAAAUUUGCUUUAAGGAAAGAAAAUAAUGAGAUUAUUGCUCUAAAUAAACAGUUGACCAUAGAAAGAGAUCAAUUAUCUUCACAUAUUGAAUUAUUAAAUAAAAAUCUUUCUUCAAUCGUUCAUGAAACUUCUGGCAUCAUAAAUUUCUGGGGCGAACAAAUUACUUCUCUUAACGAAAUCAUCGAGAAGCUUGAGCGAUUUGAUAACCAAGCUGAUGAGCUUCUCUCAAGAUUAGAAGCACUUUCCAUUCAAAGGAAAUGGAAAAAUGUUAGCCGAGGAUGCAAAGAAUAUAAUUGUACAAUUAGGACUGUUUUGCAAACUUCUAAUAUGAUCUUGAAUCAAGAUCGGCAUCUAUUAAUGAGUGGGGAUGGCCAUUGUGAGAUUACACGAUAUACAUGGGACGGAUGUUGUAAAGGACCUUUGGGAAAUAUUUAUAUGCUUGAAGAGAUUGUUGGUGAGAGAUAUCGGAGAGCAACACCAAAGUCAUUUGCAAACACGCGUUUUUUUGUGCAUACUCAUGUGGUAAUGCACAAUGCGAACGUACUCAUUAAUGUUUUUACCCAAUUUGAUUACAAAAGUUCAUUGGAAGAUUUUGUUAGUUUUCGUGGUCUUGCUCUGGGAUCUAAAAAUUUUGCUUUUUCUGAUGGAGCAAAGAUUAAUUUUUUACCUUCCAAAAUGGCUGGGAGCAAUGAAUAUACGGAAAGUUUGAUCAAUACAGCAAAUAAGAUCGAACAAUUGCUGGAUAAAGACAAUGAUGGUUAUCCAAGUUAUCCGCAUCCAGGCAAACCUGAUAAAGAACAGUACAAGAAAAAUUUUAGACUAGCUGUUCGAAUAUUUGUAAUCAUAUUAUAUGGGAGCGUUACCAAUAAAACUGGAAUCUAG